AUGAAAUUUAAAGUACAAGUCGAAGAAUUCGUCUUCUACAUCAAUGUAGGACAAGGACUGAACGAUUUCGCAUGGUUUGCCCUUGCUGCUGCUAAACUCUACUCCAACAAAAAGAAUCCCGAUUCCAAUUACCUUCCCUGCUAUUUGCAAUUCAGAGUCCCUGGAACUGACAUGUUUCUAACUCCUCCCCCGCGUGCCAAAAUCUUCGACUAUCUCAAAGAAGAUGAAGAAGGCAAAGAAACCUUAGUGCAAGUCGAAAUACGAAAAGGUUAAGGAUGGAUUAUGACUGAUCAAUAGGAAAGUAUUAUCAAUAUCGCUAUUUUAGAAUGGUAUGACGAAGCCUUUGGAAAGAUGAGAAAUCAAUUCACUGCCACCUUUUAAUUGGCUCCAUUAAAUCAGAAGGUCGUCAAUCGCCAAGAACCUACUUAUCUCAUCCAAUAUGAAUAUAAAAUGUUCCCUGAAGUCAUGCAUGAAUUCGAUACUAAAAAUUAUCCCAGCAAAGAUAAAAUCAUCAUGAAAGAAAUCAAGUUCAUUAUAUCAUUAUCCUAUCUAGAGCUGGAGAUAAUUUUAAAAAGUAUUUUGCAGAAAUCACUCUUCCUCUUGGCUAAUUCACUUUCUAAUUCUACGGCCAAAUUAUCACAGAAAAAGAAGGCUAAGAACCACAAUAAUCUAUCUUUCCCUUGGAUAUGAAAAACUUUGAUCACACAGCAAGACUCAACCCUGUCCCCAUCUCUCAAUAGGAAAUACAAAAAAAGAUCAUGGAAUACGCUUAACAAAAAGAAAAGGAUCUCCAACAACAGCAGAUCCAAAAGAGAGAAGAUAGUCAAAAAAAUAAAUAAUCUGCUGCCGAAGAGUGUCCAUAUAAAUUUGAGAAGUUGUGGACAAUCAUUCAAAAAAAUGCAGAGGGCAAUCUUGAACUUAAAGAUCUAGUAUUUAAUUUAUUGUUUAUCAAAAGGAAGAAAACUUUUACAAUAAGAUUGCUGCCUAUAUGGAUGAUAAGUUGCCUCUGCUUUACGAAGUAUUUCGUCAAUAUGCUAUUCUUUAUAAUACAGAUCAUGCCAAAAAGGAUGAAAUUAGUAUUUCAUUCUAGGAUGUGAUGCACUUCUUAAAAUUUGUAUUCUAUCUCAAAUUUAAAUUUAGUAUGGAUUAGUACAAGAUAGUCAGGAACUAUUUUCAUUUGUGGAAACAUAUGAUAAAUAGGGAACCAAAUCAAAAGAUGUUAGAAAAAGCUUGGAAUUGUCUGUCAAAUUUCAAGAGUUCUUUGUGAUCAUAGUAGAGUUGGCUUAAUUUAAAAAAACAAAUAAUCUCAGUGAAGUAGAAUGUACAACAUAUCUAAUGAUAUCAUCUUAGCCCAAGAUCAAUUAGUCAUGAAGAUUGUAGAUAAAAUAAUUGAAAUUAACUCUGAUGAAAAAGAAUUCAAUAAUUUCUAAUAGCAUAUGAAGUACAAUGAAAUUUUAGUCAAUUUUAUUCGGGUAAACUCAAAAUAAUAUCAACUUAGGAAAUUUAAGAUUAAAUGCAGAAUAUAUUCAUUAAAAGAUUUAGCCAAGGCAAUGAUGACAACUCUGACAUUAAAUUCCAUAUCAGACAGGAGGAAAUUAAGUAACUAAUCCAAGAUUCCGGAUAUAAAGGAGACAAUCUGGAUGGAAUCAUCAAAACAGCAUAUAAAGAAUUGUUUCACGAUGAAAAAUUUAAUGGAUUUGAAGGCCUAUUUUAUUAUGAAUUCAUCCAAGUGAUGUAAUGGCUUGCCUUAGUUCUUAUUUAAAAUGAUGAGCGUAGUUAAUAGGAAGAAGCAGAAGAAGUAACUACUUUGGACUAAUUAUAAGAAUAAUUAAGAUAUUUCAUUUAAUGUAUUGAAAAGUGAUUUAAAUAUAUAUAAAUGCC